CCUCUCCGCCGACCGGCUCCCAUACCACCUCUGGCCGCGUCUGUCCUUCGCUCAAGGUUUUUCACUUAAGGAUGCGCUGCGCCACGCAGAGCGGUCCGGCGCGGCUGGCAUUGCUUGGGCUGCAGCAGCGGUGCACGCGCGGGAGCAUUCAGGCGGCGACCGCGGCUCGCACCAUCGCUCCUGCUGCUGCCGCGGGCCGCCGCGGCCGCUGUUGCCCUGUGGCAGCAGCUCCCAGGCGCAGCACGUGGAGCAGCACCGCCAGCCGGGGUGCUGUCCAGGCAAAGGCGGGCGCCGAGGAGCCCGCCCCUGGCCCCGACUGCCGCCGCCCUAGCGAGGAGCAGGCAAGUGGUCAGCAGGCCGCCGCCUCGUCCGACGCUGCGUCGCUACAGCUGCGUGUGGGCGACCUGGAGGGCCAGGUGUCAGAGCUGCUAGCAUGGAGGCGCAGCCUGCAGGAGCAAGGACCGCAGCCGCCGCCGGAGGAUUGUGGUACGCAUCGGCCAGAGCCCUCCCAGCAGCAGCAGCAGCGCAUGCUGGAUGGGGGUCGUGACGGCAGGAGCACGAGCAAGGAGCAGGAGCCUGCGGCAGAGGCAGCAGCAACAGAGCCGGAGCCGGAGCCGGAGCCGGAGCCGGAGGUGGAGCCAGAGGUGGAGUGUGCGUUUCGGGGCCCCUACCCCGACGUGCACAUGCCCCGUACCCGGCCGGUACCCGGCGCAGUGGUCACGGCCGACAACGCGCAUGUGGGGCUGGUGGUGCGGCGCGGCCCGGACUGGGACAGCAGGAAACCGAACUGGAUUGCCGCCGGGCAGGACGGCGGCCCAGGCAGCGAUGGCAUCAUCACAAGUGUCAGCACCUGUGGCGAGUUCGCGCACGUCACCUGGCGCGCCACCGGCGUUAGCAAUUCUUACUUCAUUACCGGCGAGAGGCGUUGGCGCGAUCUGGUGGUAGCACCGGCGGAGGUCCAGAUUGCAAAGCACAAGCUGGAGCAGAGGCAGGUGGAGGUGCGGGCGCAGCAACGGUGGCGGUGGUGGCCGUGGUAGCCUUGCAGCUGCUGCCAGCUACAGCUGCACGCUAGCUGCUAGCUGCCACGAGCCCGCAUGGCCCUUCACCUGAGCCGGUGAUAGGGCGGUAGCCAACUGCAUGUGUGUCGGUAGGGCGGAGAUAGAGGCGGUGCAGUCGGGUUGUUUGGAUCAAGUGGUUGUGGCGGCACGUGCGGUGGCGGUGGUGGCGAGGCGUCGUUGAGGUGUCGGGCCCUGCAACGGGAUGGCGCGCAACUAAAUGGGCGGUAACAUCAGGAGAAACUGUGCAGGCGGGCACAGGGCGAGUACGCGGCCGACGGUUACAGGAAAGUAGGCGGGUGGCUAGUGCGUUGCGCGGACGUGUUUAAAGCGUGGUAUGGGGGGGGGGUUAGUAAGGACACGACACUUGAGAAGUGGCGCGCGGUCGUGAACGCACCUGUUGCUCGGGUGAUGCCGGAGCACUAGCUAGGCAGGUGACAAGGCAUACGUGUUUGUCGUGUGUGUACUCUGUGUGUGACGGAGGGGUUAUCGGAUGCGGGGAUGACAUACGGUGACGCACGGGAGUCUGGCGGGACCUUGGCAGACACACCACUGCAACAGAGGGCUUCUCAGCUCCUUGAGCUUCUUGCAAGUUAAACGUCGAACCACGCACGUUCGCUGUGCGCUAUCAAGCGCCUUCGACUGGGCUGCUUCUGGCACGUUCGAGACUUGCUUCACCGGCCGCCGCUGCGGGCGUCCCUGCUGCUCAAGCCAUCCGCAGGUGCGUAUUGUUCAGGGGUGUUGUUGUUGGUCUAACCUGCACGACGAGGCUACAGCCAGACAAAACGCGAGCGGCCGCGGAGGCAGCUGGGCAGAAGCUGUCCAGCUUGUCCGUUGCGUCGUCUUAGUGGGUGGGGGCAUGUGAGGGCAGCUAGGGUUUCUGUGUGCUGCGUGUGGGUAGUGGGCGGCGGGGUGGUGCGCGGCAGGCUUGGAGCCGGCCCUGUGGGAGGAGCUGUGUGGGGUUGGUGUGUUCGCUGGGGAUAAGGUUCCAUGCGGACCCUGAAGUUCCUGCACUGAGAC